CUGCUGUACUGCCCUGUGGCCCGGCUAACGCGGCUGUGCUUGCAGGUGUGGUUUCAGAACAGACGGGCCAAGCGGCGGCGGCAGGAGAAGCUGGAGGUGACCUCUAUGAAGCUGCAGGACUCGCCCAUCCUCUCCUUCAACCGCUCACCGCAGGCAACACCCAUGGGUCCCCUCAGCAGCAACCUGCCCCUGGAGACAUGGCUCAGCCCGCCUGUGCCCAGCAGCACCGCCCUGCAGACCCUGCCUGGCUUUGUGGCCUCGCCGCAGAGCCUGCCCGGCAGCUACACACCACCCCCCUUCCUGAACUCUCCGGCAGUGACCCAUGCGCUGCAGCCCCUGGGCGCCAUGGGGCCACCGCCACCUUACCAGUGCGGGGCCACCUUUGUGGACAAGUUCCCCUUGGAUGAGGCAGACCCGCGCAACACCAGCAUUGCUGCCUUGCGGAUGAAGGCCAAGGAGCACAUCCAGUCCAUCGGCAAACCCUGGCAGACAAUCUGA